GGUCUCCCCUGUCUUGAUCCUUAGACUACGUAGCAGUCAACUAGCCUUCAGUCUGUGCCCAGUCUGUGCACCCUCUGGUUCCCGUCUUGUACCAUGUUUAGCUCCGGGAUUCACACCGCCGCCGUGGCCUCAUGGCGCAGAUUCCUCAGCCUGCGAUGGGGACUCUUCUCCAGAAACCGUAUCGGGCUCGACCUAGCCAAGGAGCCGGAACGGCUCGCUUCCCUCGUCGGGCCGAUCUGCGCCCAGAUGCUUGCCCAGUUGAACUACCCUGGCGCGCCGCAGCUGAAAGGCGAGGCCGUUGAGGCUCUUCUGGAGUACAUGUACAAGAGGGCUGUUGAGAUCGGCGUGCCACUGGACACCCCUAUCUCCGCGAAAGGGUUCCGCCUGGGCUAUGCGGAAGGACUGCUUGCCCAUCCCGGCCAUCCGGUUGAAGUCCAGGGAUAUGUCGGGCUCUUCACUUGGCUUGUCGUCCAGUACGAUGACAUAGUCGGGCAGAGCAACCAGAUGGUAGAGGAGGCGCUUCUUUUCCACCAGCGGUUUUUCCGAGGCGAGCCCCAGCCGAAUAACCUUCUCGAGGGGAUCGCGGGCAUGAUCCGGGAGGCUCAUGACCAUUUCGAUCCUGUCAUGGCGAACCUGCUGCAGAUCUCCGUCCUCAAGUUUCUGACGAGCAACUCGUUGGAGCGACACGAUGGCUUCCAGAACAUGCCUGUCACGCCAGCGGGCAAGCAGUUUCCGGGGUUCUACAGAGACAUGUCGGGCAUGAACGUGGCGUAUGCCGUGUUCUGCUACCCCAAAGCGCUCUAUCCCGACGUUGGAGCCUUCUUGGAGGCGAUACCGGACAUGGCCAAGUUCAUCGACAUCUCCAACGACGUGCUGUCUUUCUACAAGGAGGAACUAGGCGGCGAUACGAGGAAUUACAUCCACAACCGUGCUACUUGCACGGGAAAGCCGGUGCUUACCGUGCUCGAGGAGGUGAAUAAGGAGACAAUAGAGGCUGCAAACCGGGUCAAGGAGGUUCUCAAGAAGAGGGGUAUUUACGCACAGUCCUGGGACGAGAGUGUCAGAGGCUACAUGGCCAUGCACACGACAAAUCCUCGGUACAAACUCAAGGACCUGGGUUUGGGUGAGGAGCACCCCCUUGCUCCGUUUGAGCACAAAAUUGGUCAGCUUUUUCAGCGGAUGAGCAAAUGAUUUCACCAAAGUUGGAGGGCAAAAGAUAUGACGAUAUGAUCUAGCGUACAGGGCGUCAAAUUUUACGGGUCAGCGAUGUCAUCUCCUUCAGUACAACCUCAAAUGUUUCUAUGGAUUUUUGGGAUGGGACCCU